CCUACUAUGUUUCAAAGUUCGUUCCUCGGUAGUCUGGUACACGGAGGACAUGACUUCAUUUGCCACGAAUCUGGCCGAGCUGAACCAUCUCAAUAUUAUAUAUCCAUGCGACACUUUGACAACAACACAAGAAAAUAUUAGUUGUGGUAGUUAUGCUACCAUAACCAAUUCUCGAUCUACCAACAUAACAUCUCACAACCAACAUUCCUCCAUUGCAUCACUUAAAACACGAGCACAUUUGCAACGACGUAUCGCAACACUGCAAAGCAACCACGCACGCACUCUCCAGUCUCCUCCCAUCCCAACCUCGGCCGUGUGGUCGAGUUGUGUCGUCAGGCGUGAGAGGCAGCUGGAGCCUGGGGGAAGAUCGAUGGGGACGAACCUGAUCAUGCUGCUCGCGGCGGCGGCGGCCGUGACGGCGCUGGCCGCGCCGGCGUCCGGGCAGGCGCCCACGGCGGUGUCGUGCACGGCGUCGCUGGUCACGAGCUUCACCCCAUGCCUCAGUUUCAUCACCAACAGCACCAACGGGUCGCCGACGGCCGACUGCUGCCAGUCCCUCGCGGCGCUAGUGAAUGCGAGCACCGGCUGCGCGUGCCUCAUCCUCACCGGGAACGUGCCGCUCGGCGUGCCCAUCAACCGGACGCUGGCCGUCACGCUGCCCCGCGCGUGCAACACCAUGUCCGUCCCGCUCCAGUGCCGAGACACGUCGGCUCAGACCCCGGCUCCGGGUCCCGUCGCAGUUGCACCCUCCUUGCCCUCCUCGUUGCCGCCAGCGACGCCGGGAACACCGGAGCCUGAGGCGCCUGCGCCGCCGGUCAGCCAGGGGCAGACGAGGCCGAUGGUGCUGCCCAGCUCCGCCUGGAGAGCGGGUUCUCGCGUGUCCGCGACACCUGCGUUCGUGCUGCUGCUCGCGGUUGGAGGGGCGCUGGUGUGAUCGGCCGAUCACACUGGUCAGCUGAGCAAGCAAUGAAUUGUACUGGUGGCGUGUUUUGCGAGUGGUUUGCGGCGUUGAAUUGGGCCGGACGUGAAAAUUAGUACAUUCUUUCAGGUUGGCUGAGCAUGAGCUGAAUAAU